GUAGGGUAACGUGAGGGACAUUAGUUGUGGUUUUACUGGAAGUACGAGCGUGUCGAUCUUAUCAGUUGAAAAUUAUUAUCUUUUCUCCUUUGAAUCAUCCCAUUUUUACUGUUUUUUCAUUGAAAAAUGGCUUUUAUUAAUGAGCGAAUGGCGAAGAAGCGGGAGUGUAUAUCGAUACAUAUCGGCCAGGCAGGAGUGCAAAUGGGCAAUGCUUGCUGGGAGUUGUAUUGUCUGGAGCAUGGGAUUCAGCCUGAUGGCCAGAUGCCGAGUGACGAUACAUCAACCAAGAGAGACGAUUCCUUUGGCACAUUUUUCUCGGAGAGUGACACUGGAAAACAUGUCCCCAGGGCUGUUUUUGUUGAUUUGGAACCGACCGUUGUAGACGAAGUGAGAACAGGCACAUACAGACAGCUAUUUCACCCUGAGCAGUUAAUAACCGGAAAAGAAGACGCGGCAAACAAUUACGCCCGGGGUCAUUACACAAUAGGAAAGGAAAUAGUUGACCUAACCCUGGAUCGAAUUCGCAGACUAGCGGAGCAAUGUCGUGGCCUCCAGGGCUUCCUCAUAUUUCAUUCCUUCGGAGGUGGUACUGGCUCUGGAUUCUCCAGUUUACUCAUGGAGAGACUCUCCGUUGAAUAUCCCAAGAAGAGCAAACUCACAUUUAGCAUUUACCCAGCCCCCCAGGUGUCCACUGCCGUUGUCGAGCCGUACAAUGCCAUUCUUUACACACACCCUACCCUUGAACAUUGUGAGGUGGCGUUUAUUGUCGAUAAUCAGGCUAUUUACGAGCUUUGCAGACGUAACUUGAGCAUCGAGAGACCAACGUAUACAAAUUUAAACCGACUAAUCGGCCAAAUCGUCUCAUCCAUAACCGCGAGUCUGCGAUUCGAUGGGGCCCUCAACGUUGACCUCACUGAAUUUCAAACAAAUCUAGUCCCGUACCCUCGCAUUCACUUCCCAUUGGCCACGUAUGCUCCAGUUCUGUCGGCAGAUAAAGCGGGUCACGAGAGGUCAACAGUUGCGGAUAUUACAGCAUCAUGUUUCGAACCAAAUCAUCAGAUGGUUAAUUGCGAUCCCAGACGGGGGAAGUAUAUGGCUGUUUGUAUGCUCUAUCGGGGGGAUGUGGUUCCUAAGGAUGUUAAUUAUGCAAUUGCAAUGAUCAAGAAGCAGAAGCAUGUGCAAUUCGUCGAGUGGUGUCCCACUGGUUUCAAAGUAGGAAUCAAUUAUCAACCACCCACCGUAGUCCCCGGAGGUGAUUUAGCACGAACUGAAAGAGCAGUUUGCUGUCUGUGCAAUACAACAGCAAUUGUCGAAGCCUGGGCACGAAUUGAUCAUAAAUUUGAUCUCAUGUACUCCAAAAGGGCCUUCGUACAUUGGUUCGUUGGUGAGGGAAUGGAGGAGGGAGAAUUCUCAGAGGCUCGAGAGGACCUGGCAGCCCUCGAGUUGGACUAUCGCGAGGUACAAGAGGACACCGUCCAAACCGAGGAUGACGAGUACUAAAUUAACUCCCCUCCCCUCUCUCUCUCUCUCCCCAAACCUCAAUACUUGAAACAUUUUCUCGCGUGGAAGUCUUCAAAUUUUCACAAAUCGUCAACAUUAGCUAUCACCAGAGUUACCAUUACUCAUGUCUCAUUAAUUAUCUCGAGUGCACUGAGAGAGAAAAGUAGUUUAUCUGGAAAAUUAUACGUUCCAGGAAUGAAAUGCUUUGUCAAGUCGAAUCAAUUUAUCUAUAGACCAUAAAGAAUGUUUCUAUUAUAAUAUAUGAUAAUGCCCGUAGUAAUAAUUGUUCUUGUAAGACAUUUACAUGUCUUCUGGCUGAAUAAAUUUGUUUACAAAUAAUUAGAU